AUUGUUUUUAAUAUUAUUUUGAUAAAUAAAUAUGAUUUUAAGUAAAAAUUUUAAUAAAAGAAAAAAUGGAAGGUGUUCAAGCACAUCAUUUAAAAAAAGAAGUAUGUUAUAAAAGACCUAUAUAUAGAGAAGCAAGAUGGGAGAGAGCAAUCAAGGUGUACACCAUAAACCAAGAAUCAAAGUAUUUGCUAGUUCAAGGUAUACCUCAAGUUGGAGCCAAUAAAGAACUUAUAGAGCUUUUUUCUUUGUAUGGAGAAGUGGAAGACUCACGCUUGCUUGAUAAUUACCCAACUGAAAAAUUUACAGAAGUAUAUUGGAUUAAAUACAAGAGAAUACAAUCAGCGAGAUUUGCUAAAAAAAAAUUGGACAACCAAUCAUUCUUUGGUGGUUUAUUGCAUGUGUGUUAUGCACCAGAGUAUGAAUCAAAAAAGGAUACAAAAGAAAAGUUAUUAGAAAGGCAAAGAGCUGUUUUAAAAAAAUGUAAAGAAUAUAAUGAUGAGUGGAAGAAAAAUUCAAGCAAGUUGGUAGAAGAUAGUUCAACUGAUCAAAGCAAAUUAAAGAAUAUUUCUGCCAAGAAACUAACUACUACAUUACCAAAUGCAAGUAUGAUAGACACUAAAUCACUUCCCUCAAUCCCCAUCGAUCUAAAUCCAAUAAUUCCACAACCUUCGUCUUUUAGCACAUACCUAUUUAGCACUAAUAGCUGUCAGCAAGAUUUACCUAGAGUCCCUUCCAAGCAAGCGACUCUUCCUGAAGAUUUGAAAUAUUUAUCUGCAGUUGAAGUUUAUCCUAAGUAUUUUGAAAACAUCACGCAUAUAACUGAUGAAGAAAGAAAUCAUAUCAUGAAAGAUAAAUCAGAAAAGGGUAAUACAAGUAUUCAAAGUGCAAGCGCUGAUGAGACGGUUUGUAAAAAAAAAGCAAUUGUGUGGAAUCCAAAGUUUAGUGAACAUAUGAACAAGAAUAGUUCUACAUACACUUACAGUAAAUCACCAGGAGCAUGGGAUCCAUAUAAAGAAUCACAUAUCAAAAGCUGCGAAAGAUUGUUGAAUGAUAACACUGGAGACGAGUACAACAAUGUUGUGCAUAACAUCCGAAACAGAUUAAACACGCAAAAAAGAAUUCAACGUUCUCAGCAUACAAUCUUUUGGAACUUCACUAACAUUUCAUUUGGGUUUGAUAGAGAACUUCUAACCUUAAGUAAUGAAUAUCCUUAGACUAUGGAGCCUAAUAUACAGCCGUUGAGUGAGCUUACAGAAUGUCCUCUUCUAAUAAUAACUAAGUCGGAAAGUAGAUGCGAGUUGACUGAAAAAGAUCAUUCUCAGAAUCUUACACGAAAACGGAAUGCGAAU